AAAACUAGGAAGAUUUUUCCUGGGAGAUAUAGUUCUGUGAAACCAACUGCACCCAGGGGAAAAUACCAAACUUUUCUUUGUUCACCACAAUCAUUUUUGCUUCUUCUUAGGAGGAAAAAGAAGAUGAAGGACCGACUUCAAGAACUAAAGCAACGAACAAAGGAAAUUGAACUCUCAGGAGACAGGCAAAUAUCAACUACAGAAGCAGAGGAACAAGGAAUAAUUCUGCAGCAAGCUGUUAUUUAUGAGAGAGAGCCUGUAGCUGAGAAACACCUACAUGAAAUUCAAAAACUACAGGAAAGUAUUAACGAUUUGACAGACGAUGUUCAAAAAUUUGGGCAACAACAGAAAAAUCUAGUGGCUUCAAUGAGAAGGUUUAGUCUACUUAAGAAAGAGUCUAGCAUUACAAAGGAGAUAAAAACCCAAGCAGAACACAUUAAUAGAGGUUUGGAUGAUUUAGUAAAAGAAGUUAAAAAAUCAGAGGCUGAAAAUGGUCCAUCAUCAGUGGUCACAAGGAUACUUAAAUCUCAGCAUGCUACGAUGUUCCGCCAUUUUCAGCAAACUAUGUUUAUAUACAAUGACACAAUAACAGCAAAGCAAGAGAAAUGCAAGACAUUUAUUUUCCGUCAGCUUGAAGUUUGUGGAAAAGAAGUGCCUGAAGAAGAAGUAAAUGAUAUGCUUCAUCAAGGAAAAUGGGAAGUUUUUAAUGAAAGCUUGCUUACAGAAAUCAAUAUUACUAAAGCACAACUCUCAGAGAUAGAACAGAGACACAAGGAACUUGUUAAUUUGGAGAACCAAAUAAAGGAUUUAAGGGAGCUUUUCAUUCAGAUAUCUCUUUUAGUCGAGGAACAAGGAGAAAGUAUCAACAAUAUUGAAAUGAUAGUGAAUGGUACGAAAGAAUAUGUUAACACCACUAAAGAGAAAUUUGGACUAGCUGUAAAAUAUAAAAAAAGAAAUCCUUGUAGGGUAUUGUGUUGUUGGUGUUGUCCAUGCUAUGGCUCAAAAUAAAGAAGCUAUUUUA